GUUUCCGAGCCUGCUCCCAGCGAGAUCGGACCUAACGCCACCACAACCAAAAAGGCAACGACAACAGCAAAGCUGAACGAAGAGGAAGAGAGCACGAAUAGGUGGAGAAGGACUACCUCUGUCUUCUUCUUCCACCUACUCGACUUCCUCCGCAGCCAAAGGCAGGGAAUUCCGCUGAUGUGUGAUGCGAUGCAGGCCUUCUUCCGCCUCGAGCCAUAGCAGCAGUGGUGGUGGGCAAACUGAUGGCACCGCCGCGCAAGAAGUGGACGGAGGAGGAGGAGCGAUCCCUCCUCGAUAAGUACGCCGAGAUGGCUGCUGACGAGUCCCUUUCCCGCCUCCGCACCCGCGAGCGCCGCUUCCGCCCCAUCGCUGCCCACGUCAACGCUCGCCACCACGCCGCCGACCCCGCCGCCUACCCCUUCCUCUGGUCCUGGAAAGACGCCGCCACCAAGGUGCACAACAUGCGCCACCAGUACCUCCUCGUCAAGCGCAAGCUUCUCGUCCUCAACCGAACCUCCUCGUUUUCAUGUUCCGCCGACGCUGCCAUCGACGACUGGGCCAAGCAAGGCAUCUCCCACUGGCCCAACUUCCUCCGCUACCGCUCCAUCUUCGGCGAUGCAUCCUUACCGCCGGCGGACCCCGCCCCUGUUCCCGGGGUCCCCUUCGAUGAUGACGGCGAACUUGGCCUAGGGUUAGCCUUCGACUGCUGCACCGAAGGCGCCAGCGAGGGAGCCGAUCGUGAGAUCGAGGACAACGAGGGUUUUGAUUUCGAUGAUGUGACCCCUGUCUCCGCCGCGGUGCCACAGCAACUCUUGCCGCCUCCGGUGGUGGAGAUGGGCACGACGAAGAGGAGAAAGAAGAAUCGUACUGAGCAGCGGCGAGCGCUGGCUACUUGGUGGGGGUGGGAGGCGAGGAUGGAGGAGAGGGAGGCGGAACGGGAGAGUUUGAGGAGGGAGAGGAAACGGACGGCGGAGCAGGUGGAGGAGGAAAGGGAGCAGGGGAGGAGACAGGCAAAGCAGCAGUGGAGGGAGGAGGACCUGGAGUGGGAGGAGAGGAUGGAAGUGAAGAGGGCAGAAUGGAGGAAGCGGUUGGAGGGGAUGCUGAAGGCACACCAGGUUGAGAUGGAGCAGGUCCAGGCUCAAAUCCUCCAUGAGCAACAGACUGUGGUCGGUCAGCUCCUGGGAGCGCUAUCUCAAUGGGUGGCAAGCCCUGUGUUUGGAGGGUUCUCGGAUGGCGGCAGUGGUGCCGGAAUGGGAAAUCACCACCAUGAUCACCAUCAACACCACCACCAACCCAUGCCAUAUCUGUCUCAAAUGAUGCAGGGGUUGCACCACCAUGUUAACGGAAUUGUUUCAGCAGAGAAUCGGAUUGAUGGGGAUGCACAUGAGGAUCAUUUUAUUGUUGAUCAUUGAUUGAAUUUGGUAAUUUUGAUCACUUAUAUCACAAUAAGGGAUGUAAUGAGAUCACUCAGAUGGAGUAUUGUAGUGGCAGGCGUUUGCAGGAGGACGAAGCAUAAUGCUUAGUGAUCAGAAUUGGAUUUUUGUAAAUGGCUUCAUGCUGGAUUGGAGAUUUUGGAGGACAUACAGUGACAGCAUACAAAUCCAUUGUGUGGUGUUCAAAGUUCAGAAUGUUGAAAAAUAAUGUUUAUAUAUACAGCUCUGAGCAGAAAUAAUGUUCAGAAGCAUUGCACAUCAUGCUUCUGAACACUGAAAUUUGGGUAACAGAAGCUGCAGGAAGAAUUAUUCUUCAGGGAGAUAGCUUUUAGAUAGAGUUGUCUUUUAACAUGGAAGGGCUUGGCUGUAUUGGCUCUUCUACUAUGGACUCAUUGGGUGCUCUGCUGCUGGAAUUAUGGUCCUGACUGUAUAUCAGGAGAAUUUUGCUACCGCAGCCUUUAUGGAUGGAGUGGAUACAUGUGCAGUUCUCCGCUCAGCAGAGCAUCGUCAGGCAGAAGUUGGUAACAAACAAUAUCGGCAGAUGAAGAAGGGAUGCACCAUAUAAAUGAGCUUUUGUUUUGGUAACUUGGGUUUAUAGAAUGGCUAAGAGAAAAGUUAGGGAUGACAAUAAGAGCUGGAAUACUGGAUGCUUGUUUAGCUCAUCUGAAAGUGAUUUAGAAGUCAUGCAGGCUGUCAUUGUUGCAACAAUCAUGCAUAUACCUUGCAGUUUCAAAUUCAACAAAUGAAGCUGCAAUUACUUUGGAGUACUUGGAUGAGUCAGUGGUUUCUGAUUCAAAGAGGUAUACUUCUACAACUGAAUCUUAGAUGAUGAGGUUGUUCAAAAUUUUGAAGGUUUAUUUUCUGUAUUGUUCGACACCAAAGUGGUUUAAGGCAGCAGCUAAAUAAAUAUUAGUUGUUUUGAGUUUCAUAGUGUGUCUCAUCCAAUGGAUUGGAUUUUCUUUACAUCGUAAAGUGUUCAUUUUUUUGAUUGAGUUAUAAUUCUCAAUCAAAAUAACCAGGUUAAUUUAGCUUAACCCAGCCUGACUGCCAGAGUUCAAUAAACUCAAAAACUUUUCUGUUUUGCUUUUAACAUAGAUGACUACAUGGUUAUCUGCAAUAAAGAUGAAUAUUGCAAAAUAAUGCAUAUUCUUAGGGUAAUUUAUGUCGCAUGGUUAUGUUAAAAUCUUCUAGAAGAAUAUGUAUUAUUACUUGUACUUUAAACAGUCCACUUGUGAGUAAUUAGAUGCCUAUUAAAUAAAUUAACGAAUAUAACAAAUUGAGAUAUGCACAACUCUUUCAAUAAUCUCAUGGAUGACAUAAUUCUUGAGAUCAAAAGGUAGCACUUACUACAUAGAGGGAAUUCCAAAGAGGUUUGUAAAAAAUGUGCAUUUAUGUUCCUUGUGCUAGUGAUAUUUAAAAUGCAACAAACAAAAUAAAGAAAUUGAACUCACAGUACUCAAUUUGCCGUUCGGUGCCUAAACGUUCUCAUCUGCAUGCCCAUAAACCAUCAAUACCUCGAUCUCAUCCAUGACUGGUAGAAGUAGAUGGACAAUAUCAGGCAUUUGAACAACCGCAGCAGAAGAACAGAAUUGCCUUUGUUAAUUUCUUAAUCAUCUUAAUCUUCUUUUUUGUUCUCAUAAGACAAUAUCAGGAUGAGAUGCUGUCUGCCAUAGUUCUCUAGCUCUCCAUCGAAUGAAGAAAGAUCAAGGAUGGAAGUCCAGGAGGGUGGUGCAGAGGCUUCAGAUUCCUUGUGGGGACAUCAAAAUUAAGAAUAGAUCUGCAUCUGCUCUAGCACAUGCCCGAAGCUGUCGAUUGGUUUCUCCGUGGUAUGGUUGUGGACUCCCUCGUAAGUCGUCUCCACAAUGCCUUCGUCUUUGGAUAGCCGCUGCACUUGCUUCUUCACAUUGCAGCCUUGAUGUGUGCACCGGUAGUAGCUUCUGCAGCCAAAAGAAUCCAUAGUUCAAAGGAUUAGAGAGAGAGAGAGGGAGCUGAAAGUGCACAGGAAGCAUGAGAUGAUAAGAUUAAGACCAACCUUGGGAACUUGUUAUUCUUCACUGCCUUCUGGCCGUACUUCCUCCAGCGAUAGCCAUCGUCGAGUAUGUCCACAUGACUCCUGGUGUGGAAGGCGUACCGCUGCUUCUGCUGCUGCACCUUCUUCUCCUCCUCGAGAGGCGAUUCCACCUGAUGAGCUCCUUGCGCUUCAGAUGGAACCUGGGCGCUACUGAUCAUAUCGGACGGCUAGCUAGGAAGGAGCGCCGAGGGGAAGGCAAGGCAGACGACGGUGGUCGUUGCAGGGAGCUUUCCAUGUAUAUAUGGAGUGGUGGGUGGACGGUGGCGGCUGUUGGGGGAGAGAAGAGAGAGAGAGAGAGAGAGAGAGAGAGAGAGAGUCGUGACCGGCAAGCAAGCGAAGGGUGCCGCCAUUCAUUGUAAAGGGUGGAUGAGACUUCGGCCACGUGUCCGCGUGCGAAAUGGUUCUCAAGAUUGCAUCAACUUGUGCAUCUGUUGUUUGCUAAUCUCGAUGCAAUUUGAAUCGUUUUUAGUGCAAAUCAUGUUAGCUCGUGACCUUUAAUUUAAUGUACAUAAAAAUGUGCGGAGUUCUAUAGUAUUCGUACGUGUUUCUCGAUU